UCCGGCUCGCAUCCCCGCCCCGUUCGAAGCGCUUGAGCGUCCCGGGCCGAGUAUGGCCGAGAAUUUCGACCGAGCUCCCGGUGCCGGUCGAGGUCGGGGCCGCGGAGGUAGCAUUCUCGCCGGCGCGUCGGAGAGCUGCGGCGGGGCCUGCCCCGGAGGCGGUGGUUCGCACGGCCCCGGCGCGGUCGAUCAGCAGCAGAACAAAACGAGCGGCUUCCUCCCCCAGCAGGAGCCCCUGCGGCCUCCGAGGACGGCGCCGCUGGGCACUGGAAGCGCAGAGCACCUGCAACAGACAAGAAUCCCAUCUGGAUCACGAGUUUCAGUUCCUACUGCUGGACCAGAAAUGGCAAAACCUCAGGUGGCUGUGACUCCUGUGGCAAUGUCAAAGUUGUCAGUUAAAGCACCUGAGUUUUAUCCAUCAGGAUAUAACCCAAACUUCAAUCAGAACUUGGCAGAUUCUUCCUUUGAAGAUGGAUAUGGUGGCUAUCUGACUUUGGCAGAAUAUGUACAAGGCUUCCUAAACCAUCUCACUGAGCAACCAGGUUGUUUUGAAACUGAAAUAGAACAGUUUGCUGAAACGCUGAAUGGCUGGGUCGUUACAGAUGAGGCUUUGCAAGAGCUUGUUGAUCUCAUCUAUCAGCAGGCCACAUCUGUCCCAAACUUUUCCUACAUGGGAGCAAGGUUAUGUAACUAUUUAUCUCACUGUCUAACCAUUAGUCCACAAAGUGGGAACUUCCGACAGUUGUUACUUAAAAGGUGUCGAGCAGAGUUUGAAAAUAGAGAUGAAGCUGCAAAAGGAGAUGAAGCUACUCAAAAACAAUUUCAUGCCUUUGUAUUGUUCUUAGGUGAACUUUACCUUAACCUAGAGAUUAAGGGAACAAAGGGACAGGUAACACGAGCAGAAAUUCUUCAAGAAGGCCUUCGGGAAUUACUAAAUGCGCUUUUCUCUAAUCCUGUGGACAGUAAUUUGAUAUGUGCUGUGAAGCUGCUGAAGUUGACAGGCUCAGUUUUAGAAGAUGCUUGGAAAGAAAAAGGAAAGGAUGAUAUGACUGAAGUGAUUCAGAGAAUUGAAAAUGUUGUAUUGGAUGCAAACUGUAGCAGAGAUGUGAAACAUAUGCUUCUGAAACUAGUAGAACUGCGAUCAAGUAACUGGGGUAGAGUUCUUGGAACUUCUUCACAUACAGAAGCUACCCCUGAAAAUGACCCAAACUAUUUUAUGAAUGAGCCAACAUUUUACACUUCUGAUGGCAUUCCUUUCACUGCAGCAGAUCCAGAUUACCAAGAAGAAUACCAAGAGUUGCUUGAAAGAGAGGAUUGGUUCCCAGAUUAUGAAGAGAAUGGAACAGAUUUAUCAGGAGCUGGAGAUCUAUACUUUGAUGACAUUGAUGAUGAGAUGGAUCCAGAAAUUGAAGAAGCAUAUGAAAAAUUCUGUCUAGAAUCUGAACAUGGGAGAAAACAGAAAAAUAAUGAGAGCUGAAUAUUGGGACUUUCGUUCAAGGUAGUGGAGAUUCUACAUACACAAGGUUUGUGAGUGCUUUAGAACAGCUUUACUACAAUAAGGAAAAACUGGCUUGAAGUCUCCUUUACUCAGUAAGGAAGACAAUAUUGUGUUUACCGUAAGAAUACAACAGUCUUUCCUGCUUAUCCUAAAUCUCACAGGAGUCUAAUACAAAUUACUGACAAUGGAAUGAGAUGUAAGGGUGCAGAAGAAGGAAGCGGCCUUUGCUUUGCAACAGUCACCAUUUGCUGCUUAUCUGACCAGUUUUUAACAGCCAGUAGCUCUUCUAUGUAUCAUAGAGGUGAGCCUCCAGAUGUUUAAGGAUGAUUUCACCUAUGCUUCAACAUUUACAAAUUAGUAGUGUACUGUGUAAAAGUGCUUUUCAUCUAUAAGCUUCUAAACAUCAACUUGCAGGUGAACAAUUCUUUAAAAAGAUGCUUUUUUUGUGGCACAGUGCUAAGCCAACGAAGUUAAUGGUAACAUGGAAACUUGAAGAGAGAAGCAAAGCCAACUUUUUACGUACAGUUCCAACAAGAAAUGUUCAUGGAAUCUGAAUUGUUCUUGUGACCAACUGAUUAACUUCACGCCACAGAAAGUAUGCACAAUAUUUGACACUCUUGGCAAAGAGUGAUUUUUGUGAUUGAGUGAAAGCGUUUAGUACUAGAUCUCACAUUGCUUAAAGUCAUUUAACGCAGGGCUGCAGGACACAUUGCUUUGCAUGCCAUCUGCUGUGAAUAAGUUUCAUAUUCAGAAACUUUCUCAGCAAUUUCUUUCUGCUAAGAACUUUUGCUAUUGGUCUACUUUUCUUUAAUUAGGAAAAUAUCACUAAGCUUUUGAAUUUUGCUUUUAAGAGUAAUUGUAGUGCUACAGAAAGAAGUCUGGAUCAAGUAGGACAGGUGCCUAUGAUUAUGCACAGUUAGGAUUAUUUUCAAGUGACAUCCAUUGUGGCACUGAGCUUCACUGUCACUUGUUCUGCAUUGUUAGUUAUUUUUAUUUCUCUUGGGACUGGCAUUUCCAUAUCAUCAUGUUCUGCCUUUCUCUCCUUCCUACACAGAACUCACUUACUGAAUUAGUAAUAACUCAAAUUUGCAACUUUGCUUCUCUUUGACACAAUUAUAGUUCAAAUCAUCUCAGUCAUAGAUCCUUCGAGUUUAUAUAGAUUUUCAAAAAUGAUGUUCCAGCCAAAAAUCAAGAAUGAUACUGCAUAUUUGUACUUCCUGAAUUGCUGAUGCCAUGUCUACCUACUUCAGUCUGCUUGACGCACUUCCACAGUUACCAAGUUUUGAGUUGUGACCCUAGCACUGUAGUUGCCAGCAAAAAAACUACGCCAGCAUAAAUUCUCCAAUAUUUUAAAAUAUAAGAGAUGUACCAUUAUUUGUAUUUUUAACAGAUAAAACCUGAAUAAAGACUAACCAAAACUA